AUGCCGAAAAAGAACAAAUCCUUUAAAAUAUCAGACGUUUUAAAUAAAUGGUUAGAAUCAAGAAUUAAAUCAAGGUUGGAAAAGAAUGCUGGUGGAUUUUUAACAGCAGAACAAGCAUUGGAUGAUAUUAUUAAAGAAAUUACCAUAAAGUCAUUAUCUCAACUUCCAUUACCGGUAUUUUCUAUCUCAAUGAAAACUUUGGCUGAACUUGACGAAAAAAGUAAAUUGGAGAUGUUGGAAGGAUUAAUAGCAAUAACACCAAACCCUGAAUUUGCUUUUGCUGUUACUACAUCAUCAACAUCAUCUUUUUCUAAUGUUGGCAAUGGCGAAAAUUCUACAAAAGUUUCAAUAGAAAUUCAGCCAAGAUUUUUAAAUAUUGUAAAUACUGUUUUAAAAGAAUCCUAUGACUCUUAA